UUUCACUGUAAUCGAAUGAAAACAAAUAUCCAGUUUUCUCAUAGUAACUUAUAUUUUUGUAACAUUUCAGGCCAGUCUUCGGAAUUCGAAGAAAAUGUUCAAGACAUUAGUAAACUAUAUCUAAUUUACGCUGAUGAAGUACUAGGUUCUGGUCAAUUUGGAAUUGUUUAUGGUGGAUCACAUAAAAAUACUCAUCUUGAAGUAGCAAUUAAAGUGAUCGAUAAACUUCGAUUUCCUACAAAACAAGAAGCACAACUAAAAAAUGAAGUAGCAAUUUUACAAAACAUCUCACAUUGUGGCGUUGUCAAUUUGGAACGAAUGUUCGAAACACCAGAAAAAAUUUAUGUCGUAAUGGAAAAACUUAAGGGAGAUAUGCUGGAAAUGAUUUUGUCGAGUUCGCGAGGAAAACUGAAUGAACGUGUUACAAAAUUCCUAAUAACCCAAAUACUAGUUGCUUUGAAGCAUCUUCAUAGUAAAAAUAUAGUGCAUUGUGAUCUAAAACCAGAAAAUGUCCUUUUAUCAACCGAUUCAGAAUUUCCUCAAGUUAAGUUAUGUGAUUUUGGCUUUGCCCGAAUUAUUGGAGAGAAAUCAUUCAGACGUUCCGUUGUUGGGACUCCCGCAUAUUUGGCUCCAGAAGUUUUGAGAAACAAAGGUUAUAAUCGAUCCUUGGAUAUGUGGAGUGUUGGUGUAAUUAUUUAUGUCAGCCUAAGCGGAACGUUUCCAUUUAAUGAAGACGAAGAUAUUAACGAUCAAAUACAAAAUGCAGCAUUCAUGUACCCACCAACACCGUGGAAAGACAUUUCUAGUGAGGCGAUCGAUUUGAUAAAUAAUUUGCUGCAAGUGAAGCAACGCAAGCGAUUUACUGUCGAUAAAAGUUUACUGCAUUCAUGGUUACAAGAUCGGCAAACUUGGCAGGACCUAAGGACACUUGAAGGACAAGUCGGUGUUCGUUAUUUAACCCAUGAAUCUGAUGACAUACGUUGGAACUAAAACAAAUAAUAAAGAAAUUUAAUUUUAACAUAAUUCGAAAAUUUCAAAAUCUAAAUGUGUCGCAAUGUCCAAUUAUACAGUAAACAAAUGUUUAACUGAAAAAAAAAAAUAAUUAUUACAUUAAAAAAAACCAAAAGUUUCACGUUAUUACAAAAUCAUACAGGCUCCCAAUAAACAUAUUUUUGGAGAAUAUUUGAAGUAAUAAUGGAAAAUUCAAGAAAUAAAAUGUGUUUUGUGUAGCAUUGGAUUAUUGGAUCUGAACGGGGAGCAUCUUAGGUCUUCUUUUCAGUAAUAUCCAUAGUUUCUCGAUGCUCAGGUUUUUUAACCUAUUGCAAGACGCCUGUUUGUGUGUCUAAUGCACACCAAUAAAUAGUUUAUCCAAAAAUAAGAUUCAGACAAGUGUUUGUUUCACAUGCCGUCUUGAAGAGAUUAAAAAUUUUGAAAAUUUCAAGUACUUCGUUUCAAGGUUGUUGGUAAAAGUCCCCUCCAUCGAAAUCGUGAGACACCUGAGAAUGAGAUGAGAAGUAGAUUCCACAUCUCUUCCACAUAGUCUGCAGUCCGGGUCGUCUCUAUGAUUUCCUAAAUGAUAAUUAACCCUAGCAUGCAUCGUCAAAAUACCAAUAACAAUUCAGAUUUCACCUUUUAAUAAUUUCAUAAGUUGUUUCGUUAUUUUUCCACAAGGAACUCUGACAAAAUAUUUUGUCUGCUCACAUAUUAGUGGAUUUUGCCAGUUACUUAAGCUUCAAUUGUUAAGCCAUGUAGAUAGCCACCCCGUACUCGUGAAUAUUCCGCAGGCAGAAGUGGCUCCGGCCCAAUGGCUGAUGCUGUUUGAAGCUGCUUUAGCUGCUCCGUCUGCCAAAUCAUGACCCCUGAUAUUCGAAUGUGCUUUGAACAACUAGUUGUGGAUUUGUCUCAGGCCACUUCCCACUGUGAAUCCUUGGAUGGCCCCAAGACUGUCAAUGAAAAUGGCCACAUUUCCCCCGUUCUCAAGAAUACUGUACGCACAAUGAUGAAUUGUCGCUAUUUCCGCCUGUGUACUUGUUGCUGUCAAACCCAGGGGAAUGGAAAUUGACUGAACCGUCAGUGAAAUAGGAGUAACGUACUCAUCUCUGAUGCUAUGCUAUCAAUGAAAUUCAAUCAAAACUUGAAAAAUUAUCUAUAAUUAAUUUACUAUAUUUUUUCCUCUCCUUCAUUUCGUUGCUUAAAAAUCCAACCAUUUCA